UUCAACGCGGUGGUGGCCAGCUCGGUGCCCCUCGGUGGGGGCCUCUCCAGCAGCGCCGCCCUCGAGGUCGCGACCUACAGCUUCUUAGAGGCCCUCACCCAGUCACCUGCUCAGAGCCCACGCGAGAAAGCGCUGGCCUGUCAGCGCGCGGAGCACGACUUCGCUCUCAUGCCGUGCGGCAUCAUGGACCAGUUCGUCUGCAGCAUGGCCGAGGCUGGCAACAUUCUUCUCAUUGACUGCAGAGACCUGUCAUGCGAGCUGGUACCGUUCACUGAAGACUCACUGCGCGUGGUCGUCUGCAACAGCAACGUGCGCCACACGCUCUCAGGCUCAGAGUACCCCGCCCGACGUGCUGACUGUUUCGCGGCCGCUAAAGUUUUGGGCAAAAAAAGUCUGCGUGAAGCGACCAUGGAUGACAUUCAGAAUCACUUGGCGUCUCUGACCGACGUGACCAUACGACGCGCGCGUCACGUGGUCACUGAGAUCACGCGCACGCAGGAGGCCGUGGCCGCCCUCAAGCGGCGCGACUACAAAACUUUCGGCAAACUCAUGACUGAGUCACACAACUCUCUCAGGAAUGAAUACGAGGUGUCGUGUCCUGAGCUGGAUGCGCUGGUGGAGGCGGCGCUGGGAGUGCCGGGGGUGCUGGGGUCCCGCAUGACGGGGGGAGGCUUCGGAGGCUGCACCGUCACCCUGGUCGAAGCUGGUAGCGUGGACGCCCUCCUGAGUCGCGUCAAGGAGCAGUACUCCGGCCAGCCAACCUUCUACGUCGCUGCUCCUGCGGGGGGCGCCUACACCAUCACCUUCUGAGACCCCUAUAUCACUUUUUGAGCCGCCAGCAUCACCUUCUGUGCCCCCAACAUUACUUUCUGAGCCCCCAGCAUCGCCUUCUGAGCCGCCAGCAUAACCUUUUGAGGCCCAGCAUCGCCUUUUGAUGCUCAGCAUCACCCUGCGAACCCCCAGCAUCAACUUCUGAGCCACCAUCACCUUCUAAGCCCCAAGCAUCACCUUAUGAGCCCCAAAUAUCACCUUCUGAGCCCCAUGCAUCACCUUAUGAGCCCCAAUCAUCACCUUCUGAGCCCCAAGCAUCACCUUCUGAGCCCCAAGCAUCACCUGUCCCACUGGCAUUUAGACGUAGGUAUGCGGGAGUAAGGUUCGGAAAGCCGAAAUUAUUUCAAGAGACUUUUUUUUCGCAAAAUCUUUACAUUUUUCAUUUAUACCGUCAGCUAAAUCGAACUUAAACUGCAAUGUCUCUAGUCUUGAUCAAAUGGCAUCGUGUCCUAAGACCUCAACAAUGAAUAUGUGAUAUUGCUACAUGACACAGACGAUAUUUUUAAUGUUUCAAAGUCGUUAUUUGGCUGCUACAGUCUGUUGUUUUUAGUUCAAUACUACGCAGCACGGGUCAGAAACUUUCAAAAUAACCAUUGCUAAGGCAGAUAGGAACUAUUCCUCUGAUCUUUUUAUAGUUUAACACUUUUCAUUCUAAUUAUUUUGUGCCGUACGGACGGAAGAUAUCUUGAUUAGUCAUGUUAUGUGUGGUCUCGCAUCGUUGUAAGAUCACUUUACUGCUUAGAUCGCAAAUUUACUAAGAAUUUAAAAGCAAAGAAAAUAGCCAGAAAAUUUACGUUUUC